GCAGCAGACCGCCCAGGAUAGUCGUAGAGUCACUGAGCUCUAUUUCGCCGUCUGUUUGCGGAUCAUAACGGCUUCAUUUCCAGGCGUUUACAGCAAGAGAAUUUCCCGCAGAGAUCGGCUUUCAUCGGCGUUCUUUUUCUUCCGUCCUUCUCUGGUGAUAAACCAGGCGAGCGCGGAAGAGAACGCGCAGUAAUGGCAAGAUACAGCGUGUUUUCAUUAGAUUACAUUUCCAAAGAAUGACCCUUCCAUCUGUCGAUCACAUUUUACCAGCACAAACAUCCUUCUUCAUGCAUUGGACGUAGACUUUCGGAGCAUAGAAGAGUUGAGAGUGUGCACGGCGCAUAAACCGAGGGAAAACAACAGUUUUUACAAACACUUGGACCGAAUUUCGGCGUUUCAUCGGUUCGCGGACACUCUUGAUUUGAUCUUUGGAUGUAUUUUUGCAGCUCUUGACUCGUGGAGUGAUGUGCACUGUGCCAAACGCGAAUAGAUAUUGUGAAGUAACCUAUGAGGUUGCAAUUUUGGGGGUUGUCAUAUUUAUUUCAUUUGCUAAAGUUCAGUGUUGCGCUGUUUGACCGUAAGCCUUCAUCAUCAGCAUCAUUAGAAAGCAGUUGUGUGGAAGCACGGUGAUGCUUGCCCUUUAAUAUAAGGCAUUUAAUGUGAUGCUUUCACUUUUUUAAAGUGCGUUUUGUCAGCUAGUGGAGCAUGGUCUUCAGAAAGCUGUGUUUGUAGGAAAUUCACUUGCAUUUUGAUAAAUGCAUUGGGUUUGCAUGACAUUUUAGGCCACUUAAAUGCUGCUUAACUUUUUUUUUUUUUUUUAAAGCAGGUCUCAUAGGUGAUCAUCUUUAGUGUGUUUGCAGGCACUUUUAAUAUAAGGCAUUUAAUAUGUGAUGCAUGUUGGCUGUGCAUGCCAUUAUAGACUACUUAAAUGCUGCUUUAACUUUAGGUUUUGCAUUUACGCCUGAUUUCGCCUACUAGUUGAGCAUCAUUGUCAUUUUCAGAAAGCAGUGUGUUAAUGUGAUGAAUUUUGGCUGAAGAUAUUAUUAUAUGCUACUUCAAUUUCAUUUCUUUGAUGAGCAUCAUCAUCAUUAGAAAGCAGCGUGGCUGUGCGUAAUAUUUUGUUGCUUUAAGACGUUAAAGUCUCAAGUUGUUCUCUCAGAUGAGAUGCUGCAUGACUGCUCUGAAACUUAAGGAAGCAGGUUUUAAAGCAGUGAGCGCACAGUGAUGCGCAAUGACGCUCUUGCUGUGCGCAAAUGUGCUGACGCCACCUGUGGUCUCUUAAAUCGAUUGAUUCCGAAAGAUUUAGGCACUUUGACCAGGAGAGAGUUCAGUUUGCACAACAGCCGUGUCGCUUGUGCUUUCUAACCGCCAGACAAGAGAAGAUAGUGUGUAUCCACAGUAUAAUCGUGCGUGACGCGUGAGUUGAGAGUUUAAAUGGUGUUCCGAAAGUUACCCGGUGUCUCAGCAUCGGGCAUGGGGCUUCGUCUGUCUCAGAAAUUUGUCUUUCUGCUGUUCCUGUCGGGGUUGGUAACUCUGUGCUUCGGGGCUCUUUUCUUUUUACCCGACUCCGUGCGUCUGAAGCGGAUCUUCCUCUCCAAGAGCGAGAAUCCCGCCGUGACCGUGGGCUCCGACAAUGAGCUUUCCAAAAAGGUGCCCGUGGAUCAAGAGCAUCAGCGGGCGGGUAUAAAGGGGGGUGAGGCGAAUGUCAAACUGAAAGUGAGCCGCAAGCCCUCGGUCACCCAUGGAGCGAGAACUGUGGAGAGAUCUGUUGGGAGUAAAGCGCAGGACGAGUGGAGUCCGGCGAGGGCGCACGAACCGGCGGCCAGGGACGAGCGGGUCACCUCGGCCGCUCACAACGGCCAGCGCGGCAGCGCUUUCAGCUAUGAGAUGUUUAAAAAGUGCCUGCUGAAACCAGCUUUGGGGAAGGACCAGGGAAAUCCAUCUGAUUCCGAGACGCUUCAGCGGAGGGAGAAAGUCAAAGAGAUGAUGAAGUUUGCCUGGGACAACUAUAAACAGUACGCUUGGGGCAAGAAUGAACUUCGGCCCCUGACCAGGAAUGGACACAUUGGGAAUAUGUUUGGUGGUCUUAGAGGGGCUUCUAUCGUGGAUUCUCUGGACACGCUGUACAUCAUGGGUUUGAUGGAGGAGUAUGAAGAAGCAAAGGAAUGGGUCCAAAACAACCUGGACAUGAACUCGAACGGAGAGGCGUCCCUGUUUGAGGUGAACAUCCGUUACGUUGGCGGUCUUCUCUCUGCGUUCUACCUGACGGGCGCUGAGAUAUUUAAGCAGAAGGUGUUGGAGCUGGGCGAGAAGUUGUUACCUGCCUUCAACACGCCCACCGGCAUUCCCAGAGGAGUCAUUAACCUGGGCAGCAGUGGCACCAGCUGGAGUUGGGGCUGGGCAUCAGCCGGGAGCAGCAUCCUGGCGGAGUUCGGGACGCUGCACCUGGAGUUCGUUCACCUGUCCGAACUGUCUGGAAACCCAGUGUUCACUGAGAAGGUAAUGAACAUCCGAAAGCUGUUGAACAAAAUAGAGAAGCCUCAUGGUCUGUAUCCCAACUUCCUGAGUCCCGUCAGCGGAAAUUGGGUGCAGCAUCAUGUCUCAAUCGGAGGUCUUGGGGACAGUUUCUAUGAGUACCUGAUCAAAUCCUACCUGAUGUCAGAUAAGACUGAUGAAGAGGCCAAGAAGAUGUACUACAGCGCUAUGGAGGCCAUCGAGACGAACCUGGUGCAAAAGUCUCCGGGUGGUUUAACGUACGUGGCUGAGUGGCGAGGCGGCAUCCUGGACCACAAGAUGGGGCAUCUGGCCUGUUUCUCCGGCGGGAUGAUUGGCAUCGGUGCUGAUGACGGGCCGGCGGGGCAGAAGCAGCACUACCUGGAUCUGGCAGCUGAAAUCACUCAUACCUGCCACGAGUCCUACAGCCGCUCAGCCACCAAACUUGGUCCAGAGGCUUUCCGUUUUGAUGGAGGAGCGGAGGCCACAGCCACCCGACUGAGUGACCGCUACUACAUCCUGAGGCCAGAGGUCAUCGAGAGCUACAUGUACAUGUGGCGUUUGACCCACGACCCCAAGUACAGGGAGUGGGGCUGGGAGGCAGUGGAGGCGUUAGAGAAGCAUUGUCGCGUAGACGCGGGUUUCUCAGGAAUCAGAGAUGUGUAUGCCUCCACAGUCAGUCACGACAACAUGCAACAAAGCUUCUUCCUGUCUGAGACGCUCAAAUACCUGUACCUGCUGUUCUCGGACGACGACCUGCUGCCGCUUGAGGACUGGGUGUUUAACACGGAGGCUCACCCGCUGCCAAUCAUACGCAAAAGAUGCCUGCAGGAGCACGGCACCAGGCAAGACGACGGACAGACGUCCCUGGAGUAGUAUUCACCUGAAACGUGGAUUCAAACGCAGGGCCGCAACCUCACGGUCCUGACAUGGAUUCUCAGUUCCUUUCCUGUAAAGGAUCUCUUUAUAUAUAAAUAUAUAUAUACACACGCUGUGAUUGUAUAUCUCUGAGCCGAGACUUCCUGCUCUCCUCGGCGGGCAGAAGCCGGCGCAAUUUUCCGUGGACAAUCAGUGAAACGUGACUUUCAUGAGAAGAGCACCUUUUUUCUUUGCUUCUUUCCUCUGUGAGGAAAAAACGAAUAACUUGCAGCCCCGAAUCUGUGGGAGGAGCGCCGUAUGAUGGUGGGCCAUGCUGAGCGAAAGAGAAAACCACUUUUCUUCAUGUCUUACCUGUAAUUUAUCUUUUCUUUCAUCCUUUCAUUGUGUAUUCCUUUCCCACCUCUUCUGCCAAAGCGUUUGCAGUCUUUUUUAUUUCAUUUUCUCUCCCCAGCAGUGAUAUUUUGUUCUAUCUAGUUUUGAGUCCAAAUUUGUGGUAUGAUUUUUAUUUCUUUAUUAUUUCAAGGUAAAGCAAAGGCCGGGGUAUUUUCAAAGGUUCCUUUGCAAAAUGUAUUGUACAAAAUCUUUUCGUUUAAACAGGAAGUUGAAUGAUGUCACUCACAGGGCAGGAUUGUUUUAUGUGAUUCUAGUGCUCAUCUUCUUGAACUCGUAUUUUUUUGCGUCAUGAGCCUCGGUGUUGUGCACGACAUGCCAUGUUUCAAAGACCAGCAUCACAAGAGUGGAAAAACACACACUUGCACUGACACCGUAUGGCCACUAGGGCUGGGCGAUAAAUAUAAUGAAUAAUUACUAUAUUUUUGCAAUGAUUUUUCCUGAAGAUUGUGAAUAACGUAAUUAUUUUCCAUUAAGUUUCCUUAAGAUUGUGUCGUCAGACUAGUUUCGUAAUUCUUCAGUAUCAAAAACAGAUUUUAAGUUUGAUUCAUUUCCAUGAAUCACUUCAAACUGUUCACUUCACUUCAAAAUUUCAGUGAAUCGAUUCAAAACUGAUUAUGCAUUUGCAUCAUCAUUCAAAAAUCCUGGAGAUUGUGAAUCAUGCGAUUUAUUUUAAUGUGCUUUUUAAUUUGUCCAUUAAGUUUCCUUAAGAUUGUGUCGUCAGACUAGUUUUGUAAUGCUUCAGUAUCAACAACCGCAUUUAAGUUUGAUUCAUUUCCAUGAAUCACUUCAAAAUUGAUUCAAAACUCAAAAACAAAGAUGCCUUUGCAUCAUCACUCAAAAGUGCUGGAGAUUGUGAAUCAUGCGAUUAUUUUAAUGUGCUUUUUAAAGAUUGUCGUUGGACUAGUUUCAUGAUUCUUCAGUGUCAAAAACAGCAUGUAAGUUUGAUUUAUUUAAAUGAAUCACUUCAAACUGUUCGUUUCAAUAAAUUGAUUCAAAACUCAAAAACAAAGAUGCCUUUGCAUCAUCACUCAAAAAUGCUGGAGAUUGUCAAUCAUGCGAUUAUUUUAAUGCGCUUUUUAAAGAUUGUAUCAUCGGAUAAGUUUCAUGAUUCUUUUUUGAUUCAUUUCUGUGAAUCAGUUCAAAUUCAGCUCCAUUUCAAUGAAUGGAUUCAAAAUUCAAAAACAAAGAUGCAUUUACAUCAUCACUCAAAAAUGCUGGAGAUUGUCAAUAUUUUAAUGUGCAUUUAAAGAUUGUAUCACCGGACAAGUUUCAUGAUUCUUCUUUGAUUCAUUUCCGUGAAUCAGUUCAAAUUCAACUCCAUUUCAAUGAAUGGAUUCAAAACUCUAAAACAAAGAUUCAUUGCAUCAUCACUCAAAAAUGUUCUUGAAAGUCCAUUUUGGUGCUUUUUUAUAUUGUUUUAGUAGAAAUAUUUGUAGGUAAAUGUACUAUAUUGGUGCAUAUAAAUGAAAAUGAUUCAGCUGUGAGUAACACAUCAGUUUAACACAUCUUGAUUAAAUCAGUCCUGCAGAUUUCCCCCACAAAAAAGAUGUGAAAUUGCGUGUGUUUUUAGCAUUAUAGCCCAGCCCUAUCGGCCACAGUCGUCUCAAAGCAUCGAUGGUGAAUGUGAAGUUUUUUUUCCCGGGGUUUUUGUCCCCAAAGCAACGCCAUCCGACACAAUAAUGGUGGAAUGAGUCUUUACAUGAUGAAUGUGCGUGAUUCACGUCAUUAAUUGUUCCUAUUUUCUCUCUCUUUUCUAAUUUUUAUGGACAUUUAUGAAAGACUCGUUCUUUUCAUUUUCCUCAGGUGUUUCUGUACAAGUUUUGAUUACAGUUAUUUGCACUGUUCAUUACGGUAGUGCUGAUCAUUGUUGAGUUUAAUGUCUUCUGUCUCUCAUUGUUGAAUAUUUUCAAAUACUGGUAAAAGAUCUGUGCGAUUUAUACAUUUAAAAUGAGUGCACAAAUG